AUUUAUUACCCCAAUUGCGAUGUCAUUGUCAAUGUCCUAAUGCUGUCCCUUAUCAAGAAGUACUAGCUGAACUUGAUUAUUUUCAAAUUCCUUAUACUAUUCCUCCAAAACCAAAAGAGCAAUACCCUCCAUCUUCAACUCUUGAUUCAUUCAUCUUAAUGUUAAAAUCUGCUAUGCUUACUGCUCGUGAUAAUUUUGAUAUUUACGUUGAAAUCGUUUUUCCACAACGUAAUAAAUCAAAAUUUUCUGUAAAUCCGGACGCCGCUUGCAUUGUAAAUAUUGUUAAACCAUAUGCUGAAAAUGGUUAUGCAAUAUUGGAUACUUUUGGUGAUGAGAUUGGAAUUUAUUUGACCAAAGUAAUUCCAAAUUUUACUUGGUCUUUACAAAAGAACACCAUCUAUCAUCCUCAUAGGUAUUUUGUGGACAUGAGUGUAAACAGCGAAUGUUUAGAUAAACAAACUGUUUUGAAUGAAUCAAAAUUGCUUGGUCCUGAUAAUAAUGAUGAAAUCUGCUAA